AUGGUGCGCCGGAAACGCCCCUAUGUGCCUAAGGUCAAAGGAUGCUACGAGUGCUCCCAAAGGCGCAUCAACUGUGAUCAGACGCGCCCAGGCUGCCUGAAAUGUGCCUCCCGCGGUAUCGAGUGCAGCGGGUUUGGGGUCAAGUUCAGGUUUCGGGAAGGCCUGUCCCGUGGGGGGAAAAGCCUCAAGUGGCAGAUGGAGCAGGCCAAGAGUCCUCGGAUGCAUGAUGUGCCCAUCCUCCCUCAAGCGAAUUCGCCAAUGUGCGGCUCUUCGACAUGCAGCGAGGGCUCUCCCACCAACAGCGAGGAGUUUGUCGCUGGACUUGGAAACGCAGCUUCCGAUGCCCUGGGAGACUCAAUAUUUGACCUUGAUAUACCGUGUGGGUUUUUUGGCGAUAUUGCUGGGGCUAUGGUUCCGUCAACACUUCACGGCGGCGUGGGUGACGCUGAAGCCGGCUCAGAAAAACCCGGAGAGCAAAGCUUGCAACUGUGGUCUUCGAUCGACAAAACAUCAUCCUGGAAAGACUUCUUACUUGACUACUUUUCUAUGAAAAUUGCCCCCGAGAUGGUCGUCAUCGAUGAUAACCAUAACGGCUGGCGCCACGCAAUCCUACCAAUGGCCCAGUCCAACGAGAUAGUCAUGAACGCGGUCAUGGCGGCUGCUGCGUAUCACUUGGCCGGGUCUAUUGGAAACGACGCGGUCACCCAGGCGCUGAUCGAUCCCAGCCAGCUAUACGAAUCCGCAAUCCAGGGUCUUCAGCAACGACAGCAACUGACACACCAAGACUUCGAGACGCAGCAAGCAGUCAUCCUAUCUAUCGUCGUUCUCUUGACUGCGGUUAUGGUAAAUGGCUGUGAUGAUUUCCCCAUCAUGUUCCAAAUGCUUGUGUCGGCGCUUGAUGCCAUCGGAGGAGAAGCCGCCUUCGCUGAGUUGGGCGGCGAAGUGGCUGAGUUUUCCAUCCGUCAGAUCCGCAAAAUGCGGGUGUAUGCCGCCCCAUUACUAAGUCCUGAUACGGGACUGCUCGAGAUUCUUUGCCGAGCGGAAGAGAGUUUCGACUGUCUAGAGUACUACAAGCGCCUGUAUCCUCAGCACGCAGAUGUAUUCGGCGUGAUCGAGAGCAUACGACAACAAGCCUAUAACAUAUAUCUCGACCGGGCCCUAAAGUCAUGCGAUUCGUUGGAUAUCGACCCUAGCAUGGAGGUCGCCGAAGGAGAGGGUUCUGUCCAAGUCGAGGGCGACGACGAGCCCUUGAUCGAACACUUCACUCAGACACUUGAGGCAUUCCCCAAGGAUGCACCGGGUGAGCACUGCCUUGUUUGGCCCUGCUACAUCGCCGGAUCUGCAAGCAGGAACCCUCGUCAUCAAGCAAUUCUCGAGGGAUAUCUGGAGCGACAGUAUUAUCGAAAUGGGUUUGCAAAUCUACUUCGUGCUAAAGAAAUGCUGAGGUAUAUAUGGGAUCGCGGGGCCGAUCGUGAUGACUGGACGGCAAUAUUGCCGGAGUCUCGUGUAUUUGUUAUGUAG